GUAAACGGAGUUGCGAAAGAAACGAGCUUUCUUGCUGACAAUUGAAGACAUGCGCAUUGUGAUUCAAGAUACAUGGGUGGAACCGCAGUCAAGCGUGGCGAUUGAUUAAUCAACGUGUGUCAAUAUUGGCGGACAUUAACUGAGAACGUGUGUGAGUUUGGACCACGUUUACUUACACCAACACAGAAUGACUGUACUAUACCACGCCUGAAAUGUUUACAUUAAAAUUUAAUCGCAAUAUAUACAGUUACUGUAGGAGGUCACAUCUGCCUCUAGGAUACACACCCAGGGACGUUUAGGAGUUUUCUCUGGAGUUAUUGACCUAAUAUGGCUAUCCGAGAGAUGUUUUCAGUCUGGACAUCAGCCUUAACACUAAGCUGUUUAUACCUGUCCAUCAAAGAUAUCGAAUGUUCAGAAUGCUCUGAUCUUGCAAGCUUACUGGAAACUCCGUCUUUAACUCCAUGCCAGACUACCACGACUCACGUGACCGGAAGUAGUGUCGUGUUCGACUUUUACGACAGUUACAAUUUGGGAGUGGAUAGCUGCUCUUGUUCAGUAAUGAUUCCUUCUACUACGAACUUCGAGCUGUCGAUGUAUGCCUAUUACGGAUUGGGUAUCGACUCGAACCCCGGAUGUGGCUCAAAGAUCGAGGUCAAUUCGAACCAGUCGGGGUCACAGAUCAUGGAGUGUAGAGUGUUUGGGUCAAUUUCAAUGCAGACUGGAGAUCAGGCAACCGUGAAACUAACAAGGGAACCAAAUGCCGAUUCUCGAUAUUGUAUGAUAAUGAGCACAGUUGUGAUCAUCAUCCCUGUCGUCGUCGGAGUCUUUUUCCUUCUGCUGUUAGUGGUAUUGGUGACGCAACUCACUAAGACGUGCAGGACAAAGUCUAAACAAAAACCCGAAAUAGACAUGGAGAAAAUAAGAUUUGGUCAAACCUUUCCGAAGAACGGUGUAUUCCUACACCCGACCGACAUGGUGGAGACAACCCAUUACGACAGUAAGGAGGAUCUUCACGGGCACAAUGACCGUUAUAUCGGCGUCACUAACCCAGUGUACAUUCACGAGGAGUUCGAGUACUUAGUGGAAAUAACUGACCUGGAAGUCGCCAAUUUUACCUCCAACCAUGAUUCCGAGUCAGGCAAAAUAAUAUCCGGAUCCAAUAACAAUAAUACCCACGAUGCGCCUUUGUACGCAGUCGUCAACAAAUCAAGAACAAACGAUUAUCUUGAUUUUUCAAAGAUGUCUGACUUCAGUAGUAAAAGCAGUAGUGAUCUUAGCGGCAUUGGAAUGCUGGAUGAAAACGAGAGAAACUUGAGACAGGAAGAAAGCUUUCAUUAUUGAUAUGUUAUAUUGUAUUAAAGAACUUCGUAUCCUUUUCAAGGAAAACAAAUGUUUGCAUCAGCGGUCUAAUUUAGAAUUGUCUCCAGCUAAAUUAAUAUGUGUGUUAAAGAGCCGAUUGAUUCAGAUCUGUUUUCCGAAACGCUAUGACUAAUGAAGCUGUACAAUGCAAAGUAGACCCAUGUAGCUUUCAUGGAGCAAGGGAGACAACUGAAUCAAAUUAACGUUUACAUAUAGACGUGCUUUAAAAUACUUUGUAUAUAGAUGUUUGAUAUGUAUCUUUUUAUAAGCUGGCGAGUUGAAAUCAAUUGUUGUUUUUGUACUUUAUACACCCUUUGUUUAUAUCGUAUACAUAAAUAAAAACGAAAAGUGUUAUUUGAUUGAA